AUGUCGGCGAAAGACAGAGACAGAGUAAGCGAAAGAGAGCGAAAGAGAGAGAAAAAAGAAAAAGAGGACAAGAAAAAGUGUAAAAGAGAUAGAUACGAUGAGGAAGAGAGUGAGAAAAAAAGGAAGAGACGAAAAGUGAGAAGGAGAAAGUGGAAGAAAGGGAGAUAG